GACUUGUUUUUUUUUUUUUGGCUUCUUCUUCUUCCGUUCGGAUGUUGUGCUGUGGUCUUUUGCGUCCGCGCGCUUGCGUGCAUUUUAUACCGAGCCCGUCAAAUCCGAUGUAGACCCCCCCCCCCUCUUUGCCCGUUUUCUCCCAGAACUCCACCCACACAAACUAACAUGCACGCAAAACAGUAUAAGUUCCUCCAACUCGUUAACGAACAACAUUCCGGUUUAGUAGCCGGACAGUUCUGGAUACAGCAGUUUAACGUGUGUGCGUGUGUCUCCUUUUGCCCGGAAUGAAAUGAUAAAAGAUUUAAAUUUUUUUCCACGCCAGAUGUGCCGCUAAAAAAAAAAAAAGAGGCAAAAAUGAAAAAAGAAUUCAAGAAUUUUCUUUAACUUUAUUUAAGAGGAUAAAUACCUUGUGUGAAAACCGAUUUCGGUGUGUGUCAGGACAGCGGCGAUAACAACGAUAAUCUCCUUUCUUUUUUUAAGUGUAUAAGCGGCUUGGUGUUGCAUACUAAGUGUCACAACCUCUUUUGGACACAAUACGUUUUUCUUUCAAUGGAUUGCCGAGCCUUUCAAUCGCCUUUUGUGCUCCCACUGUCGUCGGAGGAAUCUUUUGCUAUUCUCUGGAUGUGAGCGGGGCAAUCCGACGGAGGGAAACAGGAGCGGCAGACAAGAAAGACGUGACACAGUGCGAGAAAUCAUUCUUUCUUCUUCAUCUGGUGUCUAUGUUUUUCUUUUUUGUUGGGCCAAUUCCUAUAUGUAGAGAUAAAACGUGUAUAGGGAGAGGCAGCGGCAGCAGUUGCGAGAGAAAAAAAAUCAAUACCUUUCUAGUGUUGCCAUGUGCCCAGCUCUCUAGGCUUGAAUAUAUAGAGGGAGAGCCGCAGUAGCUCCAUAAACUUGACAAUAGCGUUUUCUCCUUUCCAGCUCUUCCCCUCAAACGUUAAAAAAAAAAAAGAAACCACAACAAGGGCCACAGUGUCUCGUACCCAGAGAAAUGGGGUGAAGGAACGUCAAGUCCUUUGCCAGACGCUAUUUGAGGGGAUGGAUGAAGAGAGACGUGCGUAAAAGAGGCGGAGGUCAAGAGCAUUCAUCCAUUAGGAUCCAUAUUCAACCAAGUUUCCAUAACCCUUCGGGAUUUUUCUUUCUGACCGCAACUACCGAAUUUCCCUCAAGGCGACUCUGGUCGUGAUAACAAACCGCUACAUCCUCAAGCAAAUAAAAGAGGUUAUCGAGUUUUUCCAGUCGUUAUUCUUCCAGCCCACACAAGUCUAUUCUUUUCCUACUCCUGAAAAUAGAAGAGAAAAUGUACGUUGUAUCGAUUAGAAAUCCCAUGCCAGAAAAUAAGGAAACUAUUAGUGGUAUAGAGUACAAAGACAAAACAUGAUUUAUAACAACAAUAGUGAGAAUUGAAAACCUUCUGAAAGCCAACCACCAGUACAACUAUUCUCCCUGUGGCACACUUUUGAUAUUAGCUACUAAUGAGACUAUCAACGUACCGUACGCUAUUAUUAUUAUCUCCCCUUCUUUUUCGAACUUGCACACUCUCUCUCAUUAACUAGUUGUCGCUUCCAGCAUCCCAUUUCUCUGCUCGACAAAGUUUCAUCUUCAUCAAAGCGUCAGCAAUCAUCUAUUCAAAACAAUUUGUUUUGUUCGUGUUAUUUCUUUGUUAGCUGUGGAAGAGAGUCAGAUAAUUGGGUGUCUCUCUGCUCUUUUUCAUGCAAACCAUUUUAGAACUAUGAAAAAAAAAGAACAAAAAAGAUAAUUGGAUUGUCAGCUGCUUUUUUCCCUCCCCUCAUUCAAACGCAAAUUUUAUGAAAACUGUCUUUUCUGUUUACCUCCUUUUGUGCGCAUGUGUCGACUUAAUUCUUUUCUUCAUACCGACGUGUUAUUUUCUUGUCAUCCACUUAUGUAAAGAAGAGAUGAAUAAUGAAUGGAAUUAUGCAGAUCACGGCUUUGAAGGUGGCGUCAUGGAAAACGGCAGCAGGGGCGAUAGUAUGAAAAGGCCAUCGAAAAACACUCGACGGACGGGCACGGACUGCCGCAGUUCCUCGGCUAAAAUCUCUUUGAUGUUCUUCUUCUUGGCGUACGUCUCACUGGGCGCCUACGUCUUUAUGUUGAUAGAGGCUUCGUCUACCCAAUUCCAUCAUCAACAAACGCCACCGACAGAAGAGAUUAGGACAGCAAUAGGAGGCACUUUGUUGACCACCACAGGACCUACAACAACAACAAUUGAUGGGAUCUCAGAUACCUCUAAUGCUGCAGACGUGACCCAAAUCAAGGACUUAAUGACUCGCCAAGUGCUUGAUAAAUUGUGGGAUAUUACGGAAAAUUUGAAUAUCUUGUACAAAGAAAAUUGGACUCGGCUGGCUGCCGGCGAGAUUUACCGUUUUCACGAAACGAUGUAUCUGUGGAUGAAGAAGGAUUGUAAUAAUCGGCGAAAAUCUCAGGAAAUGAUGGUAGUUGGACAUCAACUUACCACAGCAUCUACUCCAUCUGCCACUGCUGGCCAUCGUCAGCACAUUUCUAAUGUCAAGUGGAAUUAUCCCACUGCAUUUCUGUAUGCUCUCUCUGUCAUCACCACUCUGGGUUCUUGUCCAGUGAUUCCCGAAUCAAACGAAGGCAAAAUUUUGACCAUUCUUUACGCUGCUUUCGGAAUCCCUCUGCUUUUGUUCUACCUGACUGCUGUGGGUUCGACAUUUUCCUCGUGUUUGAUGCAAUGCCCAUUAUUGGAUUUUCGCUAUCACUCAUCUCCUUCAAGUCGACGGCGACGAGAUCAGCUCUCAUCAGCUGCUUCCGGCCAUAACAUGUCGGCAGUGCCAACAUCAGUAAUGACAACACGUCUAGACCCAUCUCUGAGCCAUCAUCAGCAGACGAACGAAUUGUUAUUCCAUCAUCCGAUGAAAACCGCCACGGCCGUCGUCAAAGAUGACGAAUCGAUCGAGGCAACAUCGUCGACAUCUAGCAGUAACGACGCCAACAGGCGUGUGUUAAGGAUCCACUCCUUUUGGCCACCACUUUUUUGCUUGAUUCUGAUUCUCAUUUUCAUCGCUUCCGGCACCUGCGUCUUUAGUUCGCUCAUGUCCUUGUCUACGAUGGAUGCAUUAUUGCUCAGCUUUAUGCUCUUGACGACAACAGGCAUCCCAGACGCCCAUUCAGUCGUCUGGACUGGACAAUCGUCAUGGCCUUUAAUGGCAGUUUCAAUUUACAUUUUUCUCGCCCUGACGUUGUGCUCCAUCUGUUUCAGUUUGAUCUACGAGUGGCUCUUGUCUGAAGGGUCCUCAGUCGAUUCCUGCGAAGCUUCAGUUGAAAGUGAUGGAACUCGUCAUCGAAGAUCAAAUAGCCUCCUCCGUUCCUGAAACUCCAUUUUCUGAAAUUGUUCAUUUUAUAAAAAAAAAAAAACUAAAAACAAAUGAAAAAAAAACAAACAAAGAAAAUGUUUUUCUUACAUUCCUCGAUCGUUUGUUGUUCUGCGUAAAAAUUGAUUUGUUUUUCUUGUUGUCCAUGUCUCUUUAUAUUCCGUGUGUUAACAGUGUCCUUUGAUAUAUUGCAACGUGGCACAUAUGGAAAUUGUUAUAAAUACAUUUUCAACAACAACAACAAAAUAUGAUGAAAAAACCAAAAAGAGUAAUAUAUGUAUAUAAAGAUAACUUAAAAAAAAAAAAAUGCAAUAAAUAGACGACAUUGUUA